CACCGCGCCCGCACCGCCCCCGGCUCCGCUCCGGCUGCCCCUGCUCCGGUACCGGCACCGGCACCGCUCCGGCUGCCCCUGCUCCGGCACCGGCACCGCUCCGACUCCCCCGGCACCGGCACCGGCCCCGGCCCCGCUCCACCCCUCUCCUGCUCCGGCACCGGCUCCAGCAUCGGCCCCGCUCGGGAGCCGGUACCGCUCCAGCCGCUCUCCGGUCCCGGCCCCGCUCCGCUCGCAGCCCGGCCCCGUUCCCGGAGCGGCCCCGCGGUCCCGCAGCACUGCCCCUGCUCUGCCCCGCAGCCGGCAGGAAGGAGGAAGGGACACGGCAGAAGGGAGAGCGACCUGCUCGGCGGCCGGGCUCAGCCGUCCCUGGCAGCACGAGGGAAGAUGAACAAGAUGAAAAACUUCAAGAGGAGGUUCUCCCUCUCGGUGCCGCGCACGGAGACCAUCGAGGAGUCGCUGACGGAGUUCACGGAGCAGUUCAACCAGCUCAACAACCAGAGGAACGAAGACCUGGCUCAGGGGCACCUGCAGCUGGCGCAGCUGGGCAGGGACCUGGCAGCUGACGGCAGCCCCGUGUCCCCGCCGGAGGGGCAGGGCCGGUCCCCGGUGGCGGCCGUGCGCUACCGCAACCACGGCCAGCGCCGCUUCUCCAUGGAGGACGUCAGCAAGCGCCUCUCGCUGCCCAUGGACAUCCGCCUGCCCCCCGAGUUCCUGCAGAAGCUGCAGAUGGAGAGCCCGGAGCUCCCCAAGCCCCUGAGCAGGAUGUCCCGGCGGGCCUCCCUCUCAGAUAUCGGCUUUGGGAAGCUGGAAACCUACGUCAAACUGGACAAACUGGGAGAGGGCACCUACGCCACGGUGUUCAAGGGCCGCAGCAAACUGACGGAAAACCUGGUGGCGCUGAAGGAAAUCCGCCUGGAGCACGAGGAGGGGGCUCCUUGCACGGCCAUCCGGGAAGUGUCGCUGCUGAAGAACCUCAAGCACGCCAACAUCGUCACCCUGCACGACAUCAUCCACACCGAGCGCUCCCUCACCCUCGUCUUCGAGUACCUGGACAACGACCUCAAGCAGUACCUGGAGAACUGCGGGAACCUGAUGAGUGUGCACAACGUGAAGAUCUUCAUGUUCCAGCUGCUCCGUGGCCUGGCCUAUUGCCACGGCAGGAAAAUCCUGCACCGAGACCUCAAACCGCAGAACCUGCUCAUCAACGAGCGAGGGGAGCUCAAGCUGGCUGAUUUUGGAUUAGCCAGGGCCAAGUCGGUCCCGACAAAAACCUAUUCCAACGAGGUGGUGACGCUCUGGUACCGGCCCCCCGACGUCCUGCUGGGAUCCACCGAGUAUUCCACGCCCAUCGACAUGUGGGGGGUCGGAUGCAUCCACUACGAGAUGGUGACGGGCCGGCCGAUGUUCCCCGGCUCCACGGUGAAGGAGGAGCUGCAUCUCAUCUUCCGCCUGCUGGGAACCCCCACAGAGGACACCUGGCCUGGGAUAACAUCCAACGAGGAGUUCAAGGCUUACAACUUCACCCACUACCGAGCACAGCCGCUGAUAAAUCACGCCCCAAGGCUGGACUCGGAAGGCAUCGACCUGCUGACAAAUCUGCUCCUGUACAGAGCCAAGGGCCGGAUCUCAGCCGAGGCAGCCCUGCAGCACCCCUACUUCAAGAGCCUGGGAGAGCGGGUGCACCUCCUGCCUGACAACGCUUCCAUCUUCUCCCUGAAGGAGAUCCAGCUCCAGAAGGACCCCGGCCACCGAGGCUCAGCCUUCCAGCAGUCAGCCCGAGGCAAGAACAGGAGGCAGAGUAUAUUUUAAACUCGGAUCUCGCGUUCCCCUCGUCGCCAUGGAGAUGGAAGCGCUGAGGAAGGAGACGGCUCCCACCCGACCCUCCGCAGAGCUCCCGGCUCCAGCAGGACGAGGCCGACGCUGUCCCCAAACCCCUCCAUGGACCUGUGGCCUUGUCCCCCCGCUUGUUUUCAUGUUGUCCCCACUGCGAGGUGCUCCAGGCCCCUGCGCUGCCCCGGGAGGGUUUGGGGGCACAGGGAGGGGACUCCAGGGCUGGGCUGGGGAUUUGUGGAGUUUGGCCCAGGCAGGAGUUGCUGAAAAUGCACCUUGGCUCAGACAAGCUGCCCUGCACCCCCUGGUUUUUGGGGAUACCACGUUAAGACUGCUCGGCAUGGCCCAGCCUGGCACUGGGAGCACCUGGGGCACAGCUGGGGCACAGCUGGAGCACAGGAACCAGGGCAGCCCCCCCGCAUUUCCCUCACCUCUGCCUGCAGAGCCCCAUUUCCCCUCCCUACUUUGGUACCUGAAUCCAGCUGAGGAUGGAGCACCCGGGCUUCCCAUUGCUCCCCCCGGCAUCUCCCGGUCCCUGUUCCCAAAUCCAGCCAGCUGGGAUGUCCUGAGCCGAGAGCAAGGCCUGGCCUAACCCCGCUGGGCUGCAGGAACCCGCAGGUGGGGCUGUGCUGGAGCGGGGCCGGGCGAGGAUCGGUUCCGUGCUGCCCCCCGAGCCAUCGGGAAUCCGGAGCACCCUCGGGAAUCCCAUCCAGGGUAUCCCUGACCUGUCUUUGUGCGGUUUUCCUGCUCGAUGGUCCCGUCCCCGUGCUCUUGAGAGCGGGAACAAGGCACGGAUGGAGCAGCCCCUUCCUCAUCUCCAUCCCACCACCCCAAGGAGCAGAACGGGGGUCCCAGAGGGGUCUCAGGGCACAUCUCGCCCCUCUCCCAUCGCUCUGAGCCCCUCCCCGCGCGGCAGAGCCCCAAUCCCGGCGCCAGAGCGCUGCUCACGCCCACCUCGGUGUGUUUGUGCCCAGAGGGAAGGGGGAGAGGUGCCAAACCUCCCACAGCUCAGCUGUGGGCACCCGAAAUAGCUCUGGGGAGCAGCACAGCGCCCCUCAAUCCCCUCCCCGGCCCCUCCCGGACCGGCCCUGCUCGGAUCGGUGCUCAGAGCUUUGUGCUCUGCUGGCCCGGGGCUGCUCCAGGGGGGUUUUCCCCUCUCCAAACGCUUCGGGAACAAAUCCAUCCCUGCUGCAGCUCUCCCCCACAGCCUGGGAGCGUGUGAGCAGCGCGAGGAGCCUCUGUGCUGUGCGGUAUUCACAUCCUGGCCUUGGCUUUCCCGGGUGAUCGGCUCCCUCUGGAUGUGGCCGGGACUCUCUGGAGCUGGGACCGGGGCUGGAGCAUUGCUCCAGGAUCCAGCUCUCCGUGGGGCUGCUCCCCCCUGGAGCAGGGCGUCAUUCCUUCAGAAAUCCUUGGAAAACGCGCAGUGGGAGGAAAAAUGUGGAGACCCUGGAGCUGCCCGGGACUCCCGGGGUGGCUCCUCCCGGUGCCAGCGCUCGGAGCUCGCCGGGAGCUCCCCCGUGCCACCAGAGCUCUGUCCCAGACGAGCCUCCAGACGUCUGCAUUGUUUGAGGUUUGCCCAUCCCUGCUCCGUUCCCUUCCCGGUAUUUCCAGCACACGCCAGGCUGGAUUGUUCCCUAAUUGAUUCCAGUGGAUAGGGAAGAGCAGGAACAGCCCCCAGCACCCAGUGACGCGUUCGGGGCCGUGUUUUCCUGAGUGGUCCCCAUUCUCUGAACUCUCCCAUUGCCAUAAAGGAAUUUCCUUGGGAUCAGAGCUGCACUUCCCAGGGCUCCUGGCAGGAACUGGCAGCUCAGCAGGCAGCACAGCUCCUGGACACGGCUCCUUCAGGUGCCUGGGGUGAGGAAUUCUGGUGCACCCAGGGGAGCAGAGCCUGGAUCAGGCCAGGAACCCUUCCAGGACAUCCCUGACCUGUCUUUGUGCAGUUUUCCUGCUCGGUGUUCCCAUCCCCGUGCACUAGGAGUGGGAAUAAACUUCCAGGGGCACUGGAUGCCCAGCUGAGCUAUCCCACAUUACUGCUGGGAGGACCGGACACGCUGGGACCACCAGAUCCGAUAUUCCUGCUACCAGAUCCGAUAUUCCUGCUGAAGGCCAAGGCAAACUGCUGGGGAACAGCCCAUGGAGCCAGGGCAGCAUUCCCAGCAUCAGGGAAAGGCCCUGGUGGCUCCUGUUUAUCCUUCCAUACCCUUUACCUUUUCCCUACAAAUCCCCCCGAAAGGAGACACCAUUACUUCAUUAUUUAUUACCCCUGAGAGCUCCCAACAGCCCCAGUUCCAGAUAACCCCUUUUAUCCCAGGGAUUUCGUGGAUAUUUGAUUCCCAUGGUGAGUGUAAAUAUUUGGUGCCCCGCCGAGCAGGGUUCGGGGUUGGCAGCCGAACCCUGAGCUCUGAUCCCCACAGCCGGGAAGAAGAGGAGCUGCAGGUGGGCAGGGAUUAAAGCCUGGAAUUAAAUCCUUCUUUUCCUCCUCUGGGAUAACAUUCCAGCCCUUUUAGGCUGCGUUUAGGAGGAGAGAAACCUCCUGGAUGCCCCAUCCAUGAAAAACCCCGAGCAGAGCAGUCCCCCACUCCCGUGUCUGCUCCAGCAGCUCAUCCCUGGGCCAGGAUUCCCCGGGUUUUGGAGCGCCAAUUGGAAUUUUCAUGAAAAUGCUGGGAAUUUGUGUGGCUUCCCAGCAUUUUCCCCUCAUUUUAUGGAUUCUCCCAUCCACCACGUCGAGGAGCAGCCACCGCUCCUGGCAGACGGGGAGCUGUGGCAAAAGGAAGUUGUCACUUUGUCUUCCACACAUUUUUCUUGGAAUUUUUUCCCUUUUUUUUUUGUUAGCAGAAAACAGGAGUUUUGGCUGUGCCCUCAGGAAAGACUUCAUUCCUGGUAUUCUUUUGUCUGCCCAGCCGAUGGUUGGGUAAAGGAAUAGAAAUGAGUCCAUGUGCAGAGCACUCGGAGGCAGAGCUGUUCCGUUCCAUCCCAUCCCUCCAUUCCCACAUGGAUACACCUUUCCUGGCCCAACCCGUGGCCAGAUCCACGUGGAGAUUUUAAACAACAAAAAUUAUUUGGAUUUUGGAGAUUCAGGACCAAAUAAAUAUGCUGCUUUUUUUUUCUCUCCCCCUCUCCUUACACACAAGGGGAAAAAAAAAAAAGAAUUAAAGGGGAUUUUCCCAAGGUUUUCCAAUGUUUUGUUUGGGUUUUUCCACCUGAUCUCCACCUGCUCCAGCUGUGCUGCACAUCUGUCCACUCAAGCCAUGUAAAAUUGGAUUUUGGAUGUCCCUGUGAGCGAUGUCUGGACACAAACACUAAAAAUCCCCAUUUCCUCAUUGCCUUCCUCCAUCCUCAGCAUCCUCCAGCAGGAAAAACCGAUGGAAGUGGCCAGGAUGGAUCCCCAAACUGGGAAUGUUCUCUGGGGUGACUCAUUGGCAGAAAACCAAGAAUAAAUGUAUUUAACUAGUGCUGUACAAACGGGAGAUGCAUUUUAAAAUAAAUGAUUUUAAAGACUUA